AUGGCGCCCCCUCCCCAGAUGCCAGGGGCUGAGGGGGUCCCCUGGGGCUGUCGUUGUCGCCCACUCUCCUGCCUGAAGGGACAGGGUCCUGAGCCCCCCUGUUGUUCCCCAGUGCAAGGCUCUCGGCCCGGAAAGAAUGUCCAACUGACGGAGAACGAGAUCCGAGGUCUGUGCCUCAAGUCUCGGGAGAUCUUCCUGAGCCAACCCAUCCUUCUGGAGCUGGAAGCUCCUCUGAAGAUAUGCGGUGACAUCCACGGCCAAUACUACGACCUUCUGCGGCUGUUUGAGUACGGCGGCUUCCCCCCAGAGAGCAACUACCUCUUCCUGGGUGACUAUGUGGACCGCGGCAAGCAGUCGCUGGAGACCAUCUGCCUGCUGCUGGCUUACAAGAUCAAGUACCCAGAGAACUUCUUCCUGCUGCGGGGGAACCACGAGUGUGCCAGCAUCAACCGCAUCUAUGGCUUCUAUGACGAGUGCAAGAGGCGCUACAACAUCAAACUCUGGAAAACUUUCACUGAUUGCUUCAACUGCCUGCCCAUCGCAGCCAUUGUGGACGAGAAGAUCUUCUGCUGCCAUGGAGGCCUGUCCCCGGACCUGCAGUCCAUGGAGCAGAUCCGGCGCAUCAUGCGGCCCACAGACGUGCCUGACCAGGGCCUGCUGUGCGACCUGCUGUGGUCGGACCCUGACAAGGACGUGCAGGGCUGGGGAGAGAACGACCGUGGAGUCUCGUUCACCUUCGGGGCCGAGGUGGUGGCCAAGUUCCUACACAAGCAUGAUCUGGACCUCAUCUGCCGGGCGCACCAGGUGGUAGAAGAUGGCUACGAGUUCUUUGCCAAGCGGCAGCUGGUGACACUCUUUUCAGCUCCCAACUACUGCGGCGAGUUUGAUAAUGCCGGAGCCAUGAUGAGUGUGGACGAGACGCUCAUGUGUUCCUUCCAGAUCCUCAAGCCCGCCGACAAGAACAAGGGGAAAUAUGGGCAGUUCAGUGGCCUAAACCCUGGUGGCCGGCCUAUCACCCCACCCCGCAAUUCUGCCAAAGCCAAAAAGUAGUCCCUGCACUUGACCCAGACGCUGGAUUGUAUGGAAACACCCUGCCACAUGGGGAAGGCCAGCCUCUUGGGCUUACCUGCCCCAGGAACGUGGAGCCUCGAUCUGUUUUUUGUUUUGUUUUUUAAUGAAUCAAUAGCAGUGCCCAAUCCCCAGGGUUCCCUGCGCCUGCUGGGCUCCAGCCGGGGCUUGGGGCUGAGGCUGCAGCUCAGGGUAAAAGGAGGCACGCCAAGCCGUAGGCCCCACAGACUGGGCCCUCGGGACUGGCAGCCGGAUCCUGGGGCGAGCGAGCCGUCUGGUCUCUUGAAUAAAGAUCAAAGCUGGAUUCUU